AUGAAUUCAAUUUUCCCAGAGGAUUUAGCAACUUAUAGUCGCUCAAAAUCAUCGCUGGUGCUGAGCAAUUCAUCACCUUAUAUUUUACGUCGGGGAGUUGCAACACUACCCACCGUGCGAAAAGAGUAUGUAGUAUUCACCCCAUACAGACUGGAAACUGAGCGUACUUAG